UCAAAAUAUACACAAUCAAUUAUCGUCAAGUCGGCCGUCGGUGGGGUGCAAUCCUAUGUUCCGCCGGGUAUUCUGCUACACUACAGUGAUAAAUUCGACAUUUCAAACUUGAUGUUGAAUCAACUAAAGAAAAGGCCUCGUCAUGCCGUAGGAGAGGAAUUACAAGGAAGCUAAAGCAAUCACCCUGUGCAUUUAAGGCUGGUGUUCCAGAAUCUUCAACAACUUGCCGUUGUCAUGGUACCUUAAACAUCGACACGAGGAGGAGAGAGGGAGUCGGAUGCUAUAGGUGUUCUCACCGAAGCUUGGAAGUGAUUGAAACGACACUACUUGCCGUCAAUCUUAAACGUUGUUAAGGACGAGGGGGUGUUCAAACGUGAAGAGGAUACAUGCCAUUCCCACACAUUCUCAAUAGAAAUCACAUGAUCACUUUGCUCGUUGUCCAUGACACAGAAAAAGCAACCCACUUCUUUGAAAUUGAAUGAUAAAGAGUGGGAAUAAGGGCCACAGCAGAUACCCAUCGUUUCUAUUAUUACUGCCCACAAAACACAAUAUCAAAUCAAGAAUCUUAUCAAAACAAGUCGGCCGCUUCUCCAGCUCCGCAUAAAGGUCCAGAGGCAAACCGCGGCGUGUUUUUUCUGGAAGGAGGUCAAAGAAUAAUCCUUGGUGGAUGCGAUGGAAAUAAUAGAGGGAUAAUUUUGGAGUUGUAAUUGUGUGGUUUCAUUGGAAAAUGGGUUACCUUUGUGAUUUUCCCUGAACUGUGUUUGGUUGAUUAGAUUGAAAAUACACCAAGAAUGAUGUUGGAUUAAUAGUAAAGCGAUAUAGAGGAGCAACUGCUACAACUAAUCUUGCUUUCUAAAACCAAAGAGAACCAACAACCAACUGAUAGUCUUGUUACAUCAGAACUCUUUGUGUGAUUAAAUUGCAUUCUAACAGAGGAGCAUUGUACUGAAAAUAAACCUGGACGAUAGCUUAAUACAGAAAGUCUCAUGAAUAAUGGAUGAAGAAGGGGCUCCACUCUCUCAAGGAAUUUGACACACACCAUUGAAGAGGAUCGCUGCAAACAUGCUUCAAGUCAAGAGUAGAAUCCGGUGAAUUUGACAACUAAACUCUUCAGAUCACCAUCACUGCUCAUUUUUGGAACAGUGAACAUCACGCUUUGCCAUGGAUAAAAUCAACGUUCUCCUGUGAAUUUUAUGAAUAUUUCUUCUUUGCAACCAACAUCGCUGCAUUUACAUGUAGAAAGGCAACACAGAGAACUACAGCUACAUGUACAUACUCAUGCAACAUAUUUCUAGAAUGACUCAGAAGUUAUCAAAGUAAACAAUAGGAGAGAUUAUUUUGAUUAUGCCUUCGUCAAAUUCUUGAGAUUUUGAAAAAACAAAUUUGCUAGAGAUUUUCAUUGUCUAUCAUCAUGGCCGCUUGGGUGAAGGAAAACUUUAAUCGAGUCAGACCUCGUUCGCAGUCUUCGAGAAACAUUUUCAAACCUGGAAAUACAACGUCGGUCAUCUUCUCAAAGGGACUUCUGAACGCACCUGGAGAUAACAACUGCUUUCUGAACAGUGCUGUACAGGUGUUAUGGCAUCUGGAUGUAUUCAGGAGGAGUUUCCGUGAGAUGCAUGGCCAUGCCUGUAUGGGCACAUCUUGUAUCUUCUGUGCAUUAAAGGCGUUAUUCAUCCAGCUACAGCACAGUGAAGAGACUGCAUUACCGGCUGAUGCUCUGAGAAAAGCUCUUGCUACUGCUUUCAAGGAUCAGCUACGUUUUCAACUGGGAUGCAUGGAUGAUGCAGCAGAAUGCUUUGAAAACAUUCUGGUGCGGAUCCACUUUCAUCUAGCCCAUAACAUCAAGGAGGACCUAUGUGAUGCGAAACAUUGCAUCCCUCACCGCAAGUUUGCUAUGACACUUAUUGAACAUAGUAUUUGCAAAUGUGGUGCUACAUCAGAACCUUUUCCAUUCACCCAGAUGGUCCAUUAUGUAUCCAGCACGACCCUGUGUACUGAAGCUAGCAGGAUGAGGAAGGACAGAAUCUGGCCAAACACCGAUCAUUUUGGAGUCCUUCUGAGGAAAGCAGGUGCUAUCGGCGAUGUCAGGAAAUGUCCUAGUUCAUGUGGCAAGAAUAUCCACAUCAGGAGAAUACUCAUGAACUGUCCCGAUGUCGUGAGUAUUGGACUGAUCUGGGAUUCUGACAAGCCUGAUAUUGAUCAUAUAACAGAUGUCAUCUGUAAUCUGGGUACAACUAUUCAACUCAGAGAGCUCUUUGACGACACUGUGGACGAUAGGGCCAAGGCUAACAGCCUGUUCCUGGUCGGUCUUGUGACCUACUACGGCCGGCAUUACACCACAUUCUUCUACAACACCAACCUGAGAUACUGGGUAUACUUUGAUGAUGCUGUAGUCAAACAGGUUGGUCAUAACUGGUCUGAUGUCGUGGAUAGAUGUCGGAGAGGUCAUUUUCAGCCUCUGUUACUUCUGUACGCAUACCCUGAUGGCAAAGCAGUGUCAACGGUCACAGCCCCCAAGCGCAUAACUAUGCUCAAAGGAUAUGACAAAGAUGACAAGGAAAAUGGAGGACCACUUGUCCACCCAAACAAACCUGAGGAAUCACUAUUACUCAAGGUCCUCACCGAACCAGAAGAACCCAUCCCAAUCCAUCAUUACCAUGGUAACAGUAACAGUAGCACCAUGAGUGGACAGAGUGCAAGCUCCAAUGAUUCCCAGAAUACCUUGGUCUAUCAGCCAGUGGGGACAGUCCCUGAGUUCCAGGCAACGUCGGAGAUCAGGACGCCUCCAAAGGGUGAAUCCUCCAGGGACAGCAGGAGAAACGAAGCCAAUUGGACGAUCGGUAAUGACGGGUCUGUCGCAAAUGCAACCAGGGCUAGUUGGAUUCCAAAUUCCAUUGUCGAGAUAGGGCAUGAUGCCCUGAACUAUGUGCCUAUGAAGAAGCCUGGUGAAGGAAGCUAUGCCAUCUCUCAGUUUGCUCUACAAGGACACGAUGAAGCUGCGGACAGAGGAACUGGUUCCAAGACAAUGCCUAGAGUCCAGAAUGGAGGGAACCAGACCGAGAGACCUUCAUCUGCUAAGGAUUUAUCGUACGGUCAGAGGAUCCAGCCGAUGUCACCACAGCAGAGUCGAAGACCAUCUUCAGCACAGUCUAAGAUCAGUAGGCAAUCGGUUAGACAAGUUUCCUCUUCUGUUGUGAGUACAAAUGAUUCAGCCUCACAAAGGACAGAUACCGGCUCUCAGGGAGGAGCAAUGUACAAUGCCAAGACAGGAAUGAUCACUGGGCAUAAGGAAGCACAGUCUCCUCAACACGUGCCUCAACCUAGCCUCACCUUUGAGCCUUACGGUAACUUUGCAACCGAAGUUGAACGUGAACCUAUAGCACAGAGAAACAGGCAACUGAACAUCAAACCUCUGCAGGAAUUCAGUGUAAGACAGGGACCUCAAGACGCGGCUAUGAACCCAACUAAUGUUCUAGCUUCAAAUCAACAACCCCCAAAGACAAAUGUGGUCAGACAAGGAUCUUGGAAUAAUGGUUCUAGUGGACAACACUCCGGAGACCUAAUCCAGAGAACUUCCUCUGUGCAAAGAGCAAGUUCAUUGACUAUCAAACCUCUUGACAGAUAUCAAGAUUCCCAUAGUAGUAACCCUGAUUUGAAAUCUGAUGCGAAUCACUCAACAGGACUGAAUUCAAAUACAAGCUAUACAAGUUCCAAUGGUGGACAGUUUCCCAAGUAUUCAAGUGUGCCGGACCUGCAGCGGCAGAUGAAUCCUCAUGAUGAUAUACCUGGAAAACAGUUUUCAAGGACAAACCCUCCUGCAGGAGGAUCAAGGUCAUUGAAGCGUUCCCCCUCAUUAGAUCAGCCUGUAUCUGCUGGAGGUAUACUAGAUACGGCAAUCCGUAAUCGUGAACCAACUGCAACACAGAAUCAGAAUCAACAGCGUGAUGGACGUCACAUACCACUGAUGCGAUCAUCAUCUGUUACUCAAAAUCCUGAAGAUAAGCAAGCCAGGGCAAAGUACAACAUACAGAAUAAGUUCCUGACCCUACCAGGAAAGAAACAGGCUAAUCAGUUCAGACCGAGUAGUAAGCAGAGUUUGAUGAGUAGCAGCGGUGGGAUAGGGUACAGUUCUGCUCCACAAAGAGACAUGACGUACCAUCAGUCGUCCAGCACUGAGAACAGCUCACAAGGGACAUCUCACCAUGAAGGACUCACUAUGAGACAAACACCCGAGGUGCACGUCAGCAAGGGUUUAGACAUUGAUUCCAUCGCGAGCAGGGACUCUGGUUACAGGAGUCGAGACAGAUCAAGCGCAAGCUCUGGAAGUGUCUAUUCUCUGGACGGACAUGCUUCUGAUGUUCCACCACCAAGUGUAACAGCUUCAGUUUCCAGUAAUUCCCAUGAUAAAGAUAUCUCUAAGUAUGGACACGUGCACCAGGUCUUUGAUAAGAAUCAGCCAUCACCCAUGCAUCAUCAGACAAGUUACGGAGGCGAUGCUCAAAGACCACAAACGCCUACGAGACAACCUGGUCAGCAGUUCACACCUUCAGCAGCAGACAAAUCAGACCGAAGAACUCAAGGAUCUGAGGAUGUAGUCAUUGAAUUCAUGCAAGGUGUUGAAGAACAGUUACUCUCGUCCAAGAAGGCUGAAGAGGAAGGGGAUUUGGCAAUAGCACUUGGUCUCUGCACAGCCGCAGCUUCGACGUUAAAGAUUGCGUUGCGCCAAGAUGGCUUGAAAGACCAGACCAAGCUCUUCCUGCAGACCAAAUACAAUACGACCGUGCUGAAAUCACGAGGGUUACAUCGUCGAUUGACCUUACUUAGAAGAUCAGAAGGGGACAGAAACAUCCACAACAAGCUCACUCCACCUGCACCUCCAAAGCCAGACUAUUCAAGAGGCCAACCAAUUGUGAGGAGAGAUAGCAGGGAAGAAAUACAGCGACAAGAGCAGGACUCGAUGCAGCAGAUAGCGCUCUUGAAGAAGCGAGUGGAAGACCUAUCAUCGGUACAGGACACCAGCAGACUGUAUGGACAGAAGAGUUCUACCGAACAGACAGAUUCGUCAAGGAGCGGCUAUCAACCUCGGCAGUAUCAGAGCGUCCCAUCAUCACCUUCCCUGCAGCGGACUAGAACAGGUGGCAAUCAGACCAUACAGUAUGGAUCAGCUACCAGUAUGACAUCAGGCGCUCCAGUGGGACAUGGACACAGUCGGGUCCAGCAUGACCCUUCUAAUGGACAGGGACGGGUAACCCAAGGACACGGUGUACCUCAGGGAUCCUCCUUGGGACCAUCAGGACACCAAACCUCUGCUCCUCCUGUGCAUAAAGACUGGACCCAAUCACAGGUUGGCUAUACGUCGGGUUACGCUACCGUGGGGCGGAGUUCCACGCCCCUUGGUUUCACGUCCACAUCACGCCCGGCAGAGGUCAGCAGCUCACGGUACCGAUCGCAAACCCCCACCCCGUACCUGGGAUCAACGAAACCCUCGUCGGGCUACGCUGGACAUCACAUCCACACAACAGGGAACCGUAAUAACAAUGCUAUCACCCAACAGAACGGGAGAGACUCAGCCAGAGUGUACCAGAACACGGCAAGUGAGACACAACAGAGGAACUAUAACCAAGAUUGGGUCCAAAGGGAACAACCAAGACAUGGAUUGGGAAAACUUACGAUGUCUGAUACCACGACGUUCAUCAAGUAUAACAGUGCUGUACCCAAGCAGAGAGGUGUAAAUGGAUCCAGUGCAUACCCCGAGCGUGACAAUGGAGACAAUCUCAUUGACCUGUUAUAACUACAUGUAUAAGACUAUUCUCACUACGUGUAUAAGACCAUUCUCACUACAUGUAUAAGACCAUUCUCACUACAUGUAUAAGACUAUUCUCACUACAUGUAUAAGACCAUUCUCACUACAUGUAUAAGACCAUUCUCACUACAUGUAUAAGACUAUUCUCACUACAUGUAUAAGACAAUUCUCACUACAUGUAUAAGACCAUUCUCACUACAUGUAUAACACUAUUCUCACUACAUGUAUAAGACUAUCCUCACUACAUGUAUAAGACUAUUCUCACUACAUGUAUAAGACUAUUCUCACAAGUCAUCAUGGUUAUUUGUAAUAACAAUACAUAAAGCAUUUUCAAGUUAUAACAGUUAUUCAGAUUUAUACACAUUAACUUAGCAAUGAGCUGUUACAUUCACCUGUAGAAUUUGGCUUUUGACAAGGGUGACUUGAAGAAUUUGCUAUUGGGGGAGAGGGGGGAUGUUUUUUAUCCGACGUCAAUGAAAGGGAGCUCCAGAUCGGGAUGGUUUGGGGGUAGAGUCGAGUAGGGGUAGCAGUCUUUGUUGGUCUGGACAGUGUUGUAGUUCAAGGGCGGGUUUUGCCGAGUUGUCUAAAUGUCUCAAAUAAUGAAUAAUGAAUAAUUUUGAAAUUAUUCAUUGUUGUAGAUUGAUGAUUGACUUGCAGGGAAGAAAAUCCAAUCCUAAUACAUAUUUGCAGUGAGAGAAAGCAAAAGAAUCUCCUGACUAAUAUAAUUUUUUUUUAAUAUGGAAACUAAAAUCAUUGUAAAAAUAUGAAAUCCAUUGUGCUUUAAAGGAAUGAAUGGAAGACGGAGUAAUGGCAAUACUUGGUAUCCAAUAGUGUUCCCAAGCUACCAGGUACUAAGUAUCACAAAUAUGAAUAUAGAGCCUUAAAACAUAUUGCAUAGUUGUAGUUUAAAUAUUUGAAAAAUACCAAUGUUACACAUCUUUGUUGUGUAAAUAAUUUACGUAAAUGGUGAAAAAAAUUGUAAAUAGUGAGUGUAUUCAGAGCUUGUAUAGCACUAUUUACUAUAAAAGUUUGGAAAGUGUACAGAGAAAUAUGUGUGCAACUCUUAUUUUUGUAUAAAGAAGUUUACGAGUGAAUGUAUGUAUAUACUAUGGUUAGUUCAUGUCAAAAUUUAUCAAAACAAAUGAUUAAUAUAAGAAACAGUGUAUAUGGAAGAAGAAAUAUUUAUCUUUUGUAUUAAAGAAGAAACACCAAAGGGCAGUCUAAAAUGAAUAUGAGAAUGAGGGAUUUAACAAGAAUAUCGAAAAGAAAUUGACAUCAAAGUGGCAUUUAACUAGCUUGAUGCUAAGGCAUACAAGCAGCGAAGUUUGGGCAUUUUAAGUCAAUUUCUAUGAUAACUCUCUGACUAUUAUGAAGGACAUAAGCAUGAGAGAACUUGCUGGUUUUGAUGGAAAGCUGGAGUUGUACCAAAAUAGAAUUGUAUUCAAAGGAUUGAUAUUCAUCCUGGACUAGCCCUUUGCUUUGUCUUGUAUAUUGUCUGUUUGGAACCAGAA